GCCCUCGCGCAGAUACUCGACGCAGGUGAAUGGUGCUUUUUGCUGUGUACCUCGUCACACAAGAAGAACGUGCGUGGAUACCGGUGGGAUGUUUCAGCACCAUAGUGUCUCACGUCGGCGUCUCUUGCCUCCAGAGCAGCAGAGCUGAAGGCAACCACCUGGGUGCUGAGUCUGUUAGGCAGAAGGGCUUGUUGGUGUGUGUGACUGUCCCUGGAUCCCUGUUAAAACUGUGGGGAGCAAACACGAAACGAAAAGAUGGCAUUGUUCAAAAGUAACUUUUGGGGUGAGAAGAAUGCCGGCUUCGAUGUGCUGUACCACAACAUGAAGCAUGGACAGCUGGCCACCAAGGAGCUGGCAGAGUUUGUUCGGGAGAGGGCAGCCAUUGAGGAAACCUAUUCCAAAUCCAUGAGCAAACUGGCCAAGAUGGCAAGCAAUGGAAGUUCACUAGGGACUUUUGCACCUAUGUGGGAUCUUUUUCGUGUGUCUGCGGACAAGCUGGCCCUGUGCCACCUGGAGCUGAUGAGGAAGAUGAACGACCUCAUCCGUGACAUCAACAAGUAUGGGGACGAGCAGGUCAAAGUCCACCGUAAGAUGAAGGAGGGGGCUGUAGGGACUGUGGAAGCAAUACAGGCACUCCAGGUACAUAAUGGCCAACUGCAAAAGUCCCGGGAGAACCACCUGACCAAGCGUGCAGAGCUGGAACGUCUGCGAAGGGAAGGAGCCCCACACAAGGAGCUUGAGAAGGCUGAGCUGAAAUUAAAGAAGGCAGCAGCAUCUUUCUCUUGUUGCAUAGAGAAGUACAACCGUGUCGCUGGAGACUUUGAGCUCAAAAUGAGUGACUCUGCUCAGAGGUUUCAGGACAUUGAGGAGACACAUCUUCGGCAGAUGAAGCAGCUGAUUAAAUCCUAUUUGCACUCUAUCGAGGACACACAUGUGCAGCUGGGACAGGUUCAUGAAGAAUUGAAGCAGAAUGUGGAGAACAUUGGCACCGAAAAUCUCAUUCAGAAGUUUGCUGAGCAGAAGGGCACAGGGAAGGACAAACCCACUCUGGUGGGCCUAGAGGACCACAGGACCAACCCAGUGCCUGAGGGGAGCAAGAAGAGUCGUGGCAGGUCUUUCCGUAUCCCUGGGCUGGGAAAGAAGGACAAGGAGCCGGACUCCAUGAAUACAACUGCCACAAAUAUCCAGAAGUCCCAUGAGGUGGACGAAGAAGGCUUUGUGAUCCGGACUGACCAUCAGGAUCGCUGCCCUCAGGAGAGGGAGGAGAAUUUCUAUUCUAGUGACUCGGACUUUGAUGAUGAUGAGCCAAAGAAGUUCCACAUCCUGAUCCGUCCAGUGGGCAGCAGCACCCGGUGUAAUUCUGCAGCCAACGAGCUGGAGCUAAGGGCAACAGUGGGGGCACUGACACUGCCCCCCAACAGAGGGGUUUCAAUGAAGCGACAUCUUUCCCGAACAACCAGCUGCACUGCGGAUGCAUGCCUGGAGGGAGUGAGAGACGGUGUCCCGAACACAGACAAGAUGCAGGACGGAGUGCGGAGGUCAGUUUCCAGCCCAGACCGUUACAGGUUGAAUUUUACACCUGCGACAGAGGUGCUCUUUGGACCCCCGCUGGAGACCACGUUUAUCGAUGCAGCCUUUUCUUCUGAAUCCUCAUCUCCAGAAAUUGUAGAAGACUCAGGACUGGAUUCUCCUUCCCAUCAGCCUAUGGGUCCAUCUCCAGAGCCAAACAAUUGGGCAGCCUGGCCGGGCAGGGUGCAGAACAAGUAUUCGACAGGGGCUGAAAGUGAAUCAGACCCCUUCCAGCCAGCCUGUGCAGAGCCACCAUCAAGAUGUCUUUCCUCUGUACGGACUGAGCCUGUAGGUCUGUGCACACAAACCCCCUGCUCUCCACACCACCCAUCUGGCAGGAAGUCAGCUGUCUUCUCCUUUGCUGCUUUCAGUCAGUGCCCCAGAGAGGCUGAGCAGGAAUCCUCACAGUGGAACUGUAAGCAUAUCUUUGUGGAGAAUCCCUUACCAAGCCCAUCAGAGAGGUCGGCUUCCCCAGAACAACUCCCUCCACAGGAGCCUUGGGUGCCAGGCCUGGACCCGGCUCGGUCUCUCUUGUCUCAAGAAGGAAGCAGGUUUCACUCAUACAUGCAUCCUUCCUCAGGGUCCCACAGUGAGUGCAAAACUUUCCCCAGUUCCUCUACUUCACACAAAGAAAAGAACAAGGACAUAACUGUGGGGGUCCCUGCUUUGGAUUCUUCAGAAGAUCCUUUCUCCAUUACCAUGAUUGGUAGCCCCACCCACCAGUUCUCUUUGGCUACUGGCACCUCUCAGUGGAGCAGCUGCUCCACAACCAGCUCUCUCUCUAGCUCAGCAUCCAGCUCCCAGCCCAAGAAGGAAAUGGGGUGCUGGAGCUCCGUGCAUAACCCUUUCAGUGAGGCAGUCCCGGCAGGAAUGCAGACAGGGCUGCGAGGUGGAGGCAAGAGGCUGCAGAGCUCAGACAGGGGACCACGCAGGAGUGGCCUGCCUCUCACAAGGCAUUCUGGGCCACAGGAGGACCUCCGAAUUUCUGCAGACAAGAAACAGAGCUGCCAUAAGCUAACUACACCCCCUCCAUCUCCACGAGAAAGCACAGAGUUCCUGCUGGGCGCACCGCCACACUCAAACCGAACCAGGGUGGUAAACAGCCGCAUGAGUGGUUGUGAACUGUCCAGGUCUCUGUGCUCCUCUCCGCUGCCUGCCCUCAGCCCCAUCCUCAGCCCCGCCCUCACCUGCUCAUCUUCCAGCCCCAGUGAGUGGGGGGGGCACACAUUUAAUCCCAGGGCCCACAGUCCCCACCGGGGUGUGUCACGGGGGCCAAGCCCUAUCUCCCAGAGCUCCCAGGAGUCGUGGCCUGUGGCAGCAGCCAUCACCGAGUACAUCAAUGCCUAUUUCCCUGGAGGACAGCACAGCCGCUGUCUGGUGAAGAUCACAGGAGACUUCACCAUGUCCUUCCCAGCUGGAAUCACUGUCAUCUUUGCUGCCAACCCAAACAUCCCUGUUUUGAGUUUCCGAUUAGUCAAUCUGGGUCAUGUUGAGAAUAUCCUCCCCAACAAAAAGCUUCUCUGCAGUGGGUCCUCCCAAAGUGGCGUGGAGAGCAGGGAGUUCUGGUUCAACAUGCAGGCACUUAGCCAACAUCUACAGAAAGAGGCUGAACUCAAUCCCCAGGCCUCCUACUACAAUGUGGGUUUAGUAAAAUACCAGGUGUCGUCCCAAGACCCAGGCCAUGCCCCCAUGCUACUGUGUGCAGAGUGCCAGCGCAGUGGCACGGUGACACGCGUCUCCCUGGACUAUCGGUGGUGUCCAGCCAUGGCACCAGAUGCCCAGCUCACAAGCACGCAGGUGCUGCUGCCCCUCGACCACACGGCCAGUGAUGUGCAGUGCCAGCCACCUGGAGCCUGGAAUGCUGAAGAAAGACGACUUCUCUGGAAGCUGCCUGAUUUCUCGCCCAGCAGCCACAGUAAAGGGUCAAGCCACACCUCGGGCCAGCUGUGUGCCAGCUGGCAGAGCUCGGAGCUGUCACAUGGUCCAAACCCCAGCCUUGCCGUGCAGUUCGUGGGCACUGGGGCCUCACUCUCAGGCUUGGAUGUGGAACUGGUGGGCAGCCGUUACCGCAUGUCACUGGUGAAGAAGCGGUUUGCUACAGGGAAAUAUGUCGCAGGCUGCUCAUUGUGAACAUCCCAGGGGUGCCUGGGUGGCCCAUGACUGCACUGUUCACCUCCCAUGUGGCCUUCUCUUUCCCCACCAGAUUUAGCCCAGAGGAUACGUUGAGGAGCUUGGUGGUUCAGUAGAUCAUACUCUUCAGAUGGCUCUGAUGAACAGGGACCAAAUUAGAGCCUUCCUGUGUUCUCUUCACAUAUAGAAAAUACAGAACCAGCUCCAACCCUCACCUGUGUUUUGGGACACUAUAGUUUUUUGGCAUAGUACUGCAUUUAGUUACUGCGUUGUGAACUGCUUGUCAAUUGAAUGUGAUGAAGUUCAGCUGAAGAGAAAUAUUGUCCAUUUACAUUGAUUGCAGACACUUUUCCUCCAAAGCACAAUUCAGGGUAAACAAAAGUUCCUACCACAACAAAGAGCUACAGCUAUGUACUUUUACCUCUGGACCUAUAGGGAGUGGGACCACCAAGCUGCAAGAGGUAGGAGAAGUGCUCUCGCUUAGGUUGUAGGGAGUGAUCCGGUUCUGUAGGUGUCAGGGUGUAGUUCUUCUGACUGUAGUUUUUACAGAAGAACCAAAACAGGAGAGCAAAAGGACAGUAGAAGCUUCUUGUAAGCAGUUAAACUUGUGAGCCUUAGCUUUUCACCAUGGAGUGAAAGCGUUUGGGUCUUUGACUGUUGUAAUGCUUAUACAUUGUCAUAAACAUCUCUGGGACGUGUUAAAAUAUGGGAAACCGUUUGCACACCAAUAUUUGUAUCAGCAGUGGCCUCCCUCAGCGGAGCCCCACAGCUAGUCUCCCUAGUCUUUGUCCCGUUAUUCUUUGCACCAUGAGGCUGCCAACAUGGAUUGGCUGCUGCAGUGAAAAGUUGACAAAUCUAGAGAAUCUUAAAAAUGAAACUAUCCUGAUUAGCAACACCAAACAAAGGGGUAGUAUGCUUAAAUUCAACAUCAUAAUAUUCCAUCACUACCACAUUUUUACAUAAUCUGGCAAAAUUACAAGGAGAUCAAUCUGGAGUUAUACACAUAGGUUAAACAUAUAUGGCAGACUGUUAGUGACACAAAGUGAACACAACCUAAUGGCAGUAAGAGUGCAGUGAGGACUCGUGAUAUAAUACAUUCAUCCCCACCAUAAAACUCCUGUUGUGUGUCUAUUAAAACAGGACUCUUUUCCAACAAACUUUUUUUAUUGAAUCAUUUUCUAACCACAACCAAAAAUAUAUGUUUACACCAAUUUAUUACACAGUUCGACCAGUACAAAAUACCGCUUAACUAUGCAAGUUGUUACAGACCACAGUCUGGCUUCAGGCUAGGUGUAGUCAAG